AUGACUGAACAACACAAGCCAUCUACCAUUUUUACCAGGGACAGGGCACAAGAAAUCAGUGGAAGAACUUCCACGGUACAAGAAGACCGCAUAGAAGGCCACCACCCUGCGGCUAUCGGUAGCUUGAUGAUCCCUGACCCAUCUCCAACUUUAAGCAAAAAUCAUAGUUCGAACAUUAAACCCAAAGAGAAUUAUGAUGCAACCGUGAAUUUAUACAAUCAGCAUGUAUCAUCGAGCUCCGAAAUAAACGUAGUACUUGAUAUAUCAACACAAUCAGCUGUUACUAAGAAAGAGAGGGAGGAGCCACCAAGAAAAGAGAUGCCAAAAAUAGCUGUCUCAGCUCAGAAGAGUGAUGAUAUCAGUAAUGAGUUGAACAAAGGCUGUGGUGUGCUACUGGGCGAUGUUCACACACCACUGAACCAACCCCAGUCUUCUGUUAGGCCUAAAGCACAUUCCCUACUGGAAGGUCAAUCUCAGUCAGUUUGUUCUUCGCGUCUUGAGAUAGCGACCUCAUGUUUGGAACGGAAAUCGAAUGAAUCAAACUUAAGUACCGACGGUGCUAAAUAUGGUGCGCUUCAAGGAGACUUCCACAACAACAGUAAUGGAUUUAUAUGUGAUAAAAAUACAAAGACUGAGUUAUAUACUCAGACAGCUCCUAUAUACUGUGUAAGUGUAACCUUACAAUUAGCUGAUUCCUCCCAGAAGGAAAAUUGUUGUGCUACCAACAGAAACAAUGCGAGUGGUAGUGUUUCUGAUGAUUCCGAGCUUUCUACUUCCACAACGUGUCCAAUCUCGUCCAUAAAUUUCCACGGGUAUAGUUUAACUACCGGUGGAAAUUCACUGAACAAGCAAACAAAUCAUGAGAAUUUGAGUGUUUCUAAAUCUAAAACCCAACAGCAUGAUGGUGGGAGAGAUGAGACUAAGACGAACACAUUUGUCUUUAGUGAGUCAUCGUGUCUUGAUAAAUUUCAUGAGGAAACCACCUCAAACUUAAAUUGCGACAAAGACCGGUCUUCUACUGCAGAAGUCAAACAGUCGUCUCUAGACGAAAUAUUAAGUUCUUUGGAAAAAAUACGCGAUGAGUUCGAACUAUCAAGUACCGAGCUUGAAAAUACAACGACUUCUAAGACUCUUUCAGGCAAGGAGGCACCAGUCGCGUCUUUAAGUGAGUGCUUCUCAGGCUUUAGAGAAGCAAAAUUCGCGAGUGAAAGCGCUACGAACAAAGAAGUAGUGCAUGCGCUGGGAUGUGAGUACGUCUUUGCGGAUUUAAGUAAGAUAUCGUGUGACAACGUCUCAGUGAACAAGCCUGAGCGUCAUAACAGCACGUGCUUCUUAAAACAUCCAAGCGAAAGUAUUGAAAAAAACUAUGUUACUAAUUCAGAAAAAGAUAGUUGUUGGAAUAGUUUCUCACUGUGUGAUACACAUCAUUCAGAAAAUGCAUCAGAAAUGUUGAGUUCGCCCUUGCUUUCUCAGAAGCCAUGCGUUAAUGGGUUUACUAAGUUUUUGUCACAGCUAAAGGUGAAAUGUCGAGAUCCACUAAAAGCAGAGAAUGCUGUUAUAAUGAAAAAGUGGGGAUUAAAUGACUCUCAACAACCAUCCAUAGAUGUCUAUGAAAUAAAGAAGCGUGUCCCUGAAUUAUUGUUGAAUCAAGAUCAGUCGAAUAAUAAUUCAGAAUUUGUGAUAUGUCAAGAAAAAAGUGAACUUGACACAGCAGCUGACUUAAAACCAGGUCAAAUAAACUAUGAAAUUCUAGGAGGGAAAUCAGAAAUAGCAACAAAAAAUAAUAAUAAGCCACCUGAACCAAAAGUAGAACAAAUUCAACACAUAUUAGCAGGUCUGGAUUUUUCUAAAUACAGACGAGGUCGAAACAUUUGUGAUACUGACGAGCAAGAAAACAGCUCUGUGGGUAUGGAAAGUAAACACAGCCAGAACAUUGACUUGAAAGCAGAAGUUGAACAUAUCGCAAGUCAUCACAUCGGUAUUGAAAUGGAUACCAGUAAUGAUAACGUUAGAAUCGUCGAUCAGUUAGAGUCACAACAAGAUCGUUCUGUUGUGGUGAAUAAUACUUUCUUAAAACAAGAUGCUGUACUGUUAGAUGUUGUGUCGUUUUGUCCAGAAAUAAAGAGAUAUAGGAAUGAAAAGGGUAAAAACUCUGAAGUUUCCAAGAAUAUAAACAAAUGCAUAAACUCUAAUUCUUUGUUUUACCAACAUAAUGUAAAAGAAAGUGAGAGAUUCUUGGAACAAAGCGGGAAAGAUGUAGCAGACAGUUCUUCUCCUUCCCUGUCUCAUAAUUUAAAAAAAGAUGUAGCAGACAGUUCUUCUCCUUCCUUAUCUAAUCACAAUUCGAAAAAAGAUGCUGCAGACUGUUCUUCUUCCCUGUCUCAUAAUUUGAAAAAAGAUGUGGCAGACAGUUCUUCUCCUUCCCUAUCUAAUCACAAUUCGAAAAAAGAUGUGGCAGACAGUUCUUCUUCUUCCCUGUCUCAUAAUUUGAAAAAAGAUGUUGCAGACUGUUCUUCUUCAUCCCUGUCUCAUAAUUUAAAAAAAGAUGUAGCAGACAGUUCUUCUUCUUCCCUGUCUCAUCAUGAUUAUAAAGGGAAGAGUGAGAAACUCAAAAACGUGAGCGAAAAAAUAAAACCUACAUUAUAUAAUUCUUCUGCUAAAACAUUUAUUUUCAAUGCCAACGAUGCUCUAAAGUGUAAUAACGGUAUAAUGCGAAAGUUCUCUCCAAUAAACAGAAGCUCUUCUUUUCCUCAGGUAAAAGUUUUCUCUGAUAAUUCAUACGAAAAAACAAAAAUCUCUUCAGGAAAAAGCCAACCCACGGAAUUCAAUCAACAAUAUUUAUCCUCUCGGCGUAUAUUAAAUAAUCCGUCAACAGUUGUUGACAACAAUAAAUAUAUUGAUACUGCAGCUCAACAAAGUGAUCUUCAAGUUAUCAGUAGCGAUCUUAACAAAUCUGAUCUUUCAGUAGAUUCUGCUAUUGAAUCAGUUAAUGAGGAAAAUUUCGUUGUUGAUUCGGAUUCUUAUCUAAACGAUAAACCUUCGAGUUACAGUAUUUUACCCCCCACAAAUAAAACAAUGCUUCUGUCUGACGAGUGUAGACAAUUUAGUGGUUCUGAAAUUAACAAAGAAAUAAAAGUCGUGCGACCUUUUAAAGUAGAUUUUAAGCCUAAUUUUCAAGAAGUCAAAAAUGAAGAUAAUGAAUCGUUGUCGUAUCCCUCACAAUGUCGUAAGUCUGUACUAGAGGAAGAAAUCCAACAAUCUAGUGCUUUGGAUAUUAAUACGUUAAGCCCUAUUGAUACAUCACUAACAUUAGCUGUAAGAAGUCUUCCUCAAAAAAGUGUGCUAUCUUUAUCGGACAGUUACUUUAACAGGGAUGUAAUUGUUGGUCAUGAAACAUUUGAACACACGGUUGGAAUGAUCACUCAUUCUACCAGCGAGAUGUGCUCUGCAAAACGAUCUGAAAAGUUGUUGAAAAAGAAAUACCAUAGUGAUCCUAAUGGAAGUAUUAACAGAGAAAGUGUGGAGUUCGAUGAAAUCGUUUCACGUUACAAAAGUGAGCCCGUACUUGGAGAUGGUAAUGAAGAGAGACACCAACAUCAAAUAAUGUUACGUGGCAGAAAAACACCCAUUGAGCUAUAUAGCCUUGCCAGUCUCAUUCCACAACAGUCUUCAAGUCAUGGUUUUGGUAACACGAGUUCCUGCUUUUCGAAACAGCCAAGUUUUGCAGAAUGUGCAAAUAACUGCAAUUUAGAAAAAGAAAAACUUUCCAAAAGCCCUGAUCAACAAAUGCGUUACUCAAAGAAACGCCUACGUGGUCCUUACGGUGAAAUGUUGGAGGAAGAAAUGAGAAAAUCUGGGGAAAAGCUAAAACACAAAAUGGACGAGGACCUUCGUUACUUAGAGGAAACGAGUGAAGAAAGCACAUUGCAGAAAACCACGUAUGCCAUUGAAACAUCAGCUAAAUUUUCUGAAUCUGAACUUCAUGUUCGUCCAUUCCAUCUUCCAAGCAGCCAGUCUUUAGAUCAGGUAGACAUUCAAAAAUCAAGUACAUGCAUUGAUACAGACACGUGUAAUAAAAAUACAAGUGCUAAUAUUCUGUACGUGCAAAGUGGAAAAGCAUCAACACGAUUGAUAUCCUCUAUAAGUAUGUCUUCAUUCUCAAGUGAUUCGACUUAUAGCGAAACAAAUACAGUGAUAUCGUCUGAAGAUACUGCAAAACCAGAUAGACUUCUUACUGCGGACAACUGUGGCGCUGCUGUUUUGCAAAACAAGGACCACUAUAAGCUUGAACGUGUAGUAUCUCUAAAGAAACAUCAGGUUCACAUUUUUUCUACUUCUUAUGGCAAUCGAUUUGGACUUGAUAAAGAGUAA